AUGCACUUGAGGUUCAUGAUGUUCCAUGAACCCCAUGCAACUCCCAGGUGCAGUGACAGUCAUUAUGAGCAUUGGGUGGCAGAGGGAAUGGCCCACGGUCUGCAGGGUGAGGGUCCCCUCUUCCCCCGGGAAGUCCUCUGGCCUGGGCUCAGCUUGGUCCCGGAGCUCCUGCCCACCAGGCCGCCUCCGCUCUCUCUCCACCCAGGGAUGGCUGCCACUCUGGGCCUAAACCACAGCUCCGUUUCUGAAUUCAUCCUCCUGGGCUUCUCCACCUUCCCACCUCAUCUCCUGCCCAUCUUCUUCCUGCUGUUCCUGCUCAUGUACCUGUUCACGCUGCUGGGGAACCUGCUCAUCAUGGCCACUGUCUGGAGUGAACGCAGCCUGCACACGCCCAUGUACCUCUUCCUGUGUGCACUGUCCAUCUCUGAGAUCCUCUACACCUUGGCCAUCACCCCGCGCCUGCUGGCCGACCUGCUCUCCACCCAUUGCACCAUCGCCUUUGCAGCCUGUGCCAGCCAGAUGUUCUUCUCCUUCACAUUCGGCUUCACCCACUCCUUCCUUCUCACUGUCAUGCGCUAUGACCGCUACGUGGCCAUCUGCCACCCAUUGCGGUACAAUGUGCUCAUGAGCCCUCGUGGCUGCGCCUGCCUGGUGGCCUGGUCCUGGGCUGGUGGUUCGGUCAUAGGGCUGGUGGUUGCCACUGCCAUUUUCCAUCUCACCUUCUGUGGACCCAAUGAGAUCCACCAUUUUUUAUGUCAUGUGCCCCCUCUCUUGAAGUUGGCCUGUGGAACAGAUGUACCAAUAGUGGCCUUAGGUGUGGGGCUGGUGUGCAUCACCAACUUGUUGGGCUGUUUUCUCCUCAUCCUCCUCUCCUACACCUUAAUUGUGGCCACCAUCUUGAAGAUCCCCUCUGCUGAGGGCAGGCACAAAGCCUUCUCCACCUGUGCUUCACACCUUAUUGUGGUCAUUGUGCAUUAUGGCUUUGCCUCAAUUAUCUACCUCAAGCCCAAGGGUCUUCACUCCCAGGAAAGUAAUACCUUGAUGGCCAUCACCUAUACAGUCCUCACGCCCUUCCUCAGUCCCAUCAUCUUCAGUCUCAGGAACAAGGAGCUGAAGACUGCCAUGAAGAAGACCUUCCUUAGCAAACUUUAUCCCUCCAACAUUUAA